AUGUCACCCGACAAGCACAAGACUGAUACCAAGGGAGGAGGAAAGGACCGUAAAACUGGUACGGCCCUUCACAAAAUAAUACCUGGGCUGCAACCUUGUGCAAAGAAGCAUCUCAGAUGGGGACCGCUGACCUAUAAACCAGCGCCUGGUUCACCUGGCAGUACUGUCACGAUUCCGGUGGCGAAGAGCAAACCAGAAGCCUCGACCCAUACCUCACCGAACAUGUUGCAGCUCGGCGAAGUGCAAUACGUUGGGCACAGUUCAAAGUACUAUGCGCCAACGACAUAUCCGCAGCAGAUGAACCCAUGGCCACCUCACUCGAGCCUCACUCAUGGCCAGUGGCCAGGCCAAAGCAUGCAAGGGGGUGUCAUGAGGAUUAUGGGAGGAGACAUGAUGACAAGUUUCCGUGGCGUAGAGACAAUGAUGAGGCCCGAGGACUUUCUCAAGUUGUCCGAUCAGGAUCGCAGGGCCUUGGUCACCGCCGGGUACGCCCAAUACAACACCAGCAACAUCCCACCGCCCCCAGCGCCAAUGCAGAUUCCAUCUCCACCACCUCCCGCAAAGUCCGCCGUCGCAAAGACCAGGGCGCCCACGAAAGCACCAAGCAUCACUCCUUCCGAGUCUAUCUCAUCUGCUCCUGACAGAAAGGAGAGGCAAAAGAAGAAGUGCGUGCUCUGCAGGCAAGCUGAACGGAUGCCGGACUUUGAUGAAGCCAAGCUCUGCUCUGGUUGUUAUCAUUACCAUGGCUAUUUGAUGGCGGAGAGUAAGGAGCGCAAGCGUACAAAGUGA